AUGAACAUCUUACCGAAGAAAAAGUGGCAUGUACGAACAAAAGAGAAUAUUGCACGUGUUAGAAGAGAUGAGAAAGAAGCUGCGGAAAAAGAACAGCAGCGACUCGAAAGAGCGAUUGCGGCCGAAAACGAACGACGGUUAGAAGCACUGCGGACACAAGCGGCAAAACGGUUGGAAAGCUUUCUUAGCGUUUAUUUGUUGUUGAUUGCAAUGGAAAUUUCGGACUCGGCUUCGAACACCGAACUUGAACUCGCUGAACGCCUAAAUUUUGGCCAAGGAAAUAAAGAAUAUCAAGAGGAAAAGCGUAAAGAACAAGCGGAACUGGACUCAAAAAUGGGCAUUCAAAAAUAUUUUGCGGAAGGAACAAAUGAACUAAACAAAGUCCAAGAGUGGUACACAAAGAUAAGGCGACCACUAUUAAAAGACGAAGUCGAAGAAAAGAGGGAACGCCUCAAGGAAAUCUCAGCGAGCGAGAGUUCCAGUGGUGAGACCGUUUUCACUCAAUUUAAAUUUCAUUCAUUUUAUGGGAAUGCGUAG